GGCGCGCGGCAGGAGGCGACCCCCUUCGGCACGGGCCAGGCCGCGGGCCGUGAGAAGGUCAACAACGGCACGCGCGGGCACCGCCGGUGGUGCCGCGGCAGGCGCCCGCGAGGGGAAAGCUCGACCGCCAGCGCUCCACGCCCACGAUCCCCACGCGCAUGGAGACGUCGCUGGUCCCCGGCUCGCGCGAGGCUCUCGGCUUCGGCUCCAAGUCGGCGCGCCUGGACGACGUGGUCACCGAGACGGACGGGCCAGGGCCCGGGGACUACCGGGGGCAGCAGUCCUUCGUGACGGAGUCGUCGGAGAACCCCAGCUGGGGAAAGCGCGGCAUGGGCGGCUUCGCCUCCCGCAGCGUGCGCUUCGGCGCGCGCUCCACGCCGUGCCUGCCGCGGCCCGGGCGCGGGGUCCCUGGCCCGGGCGCCUACGACUCGCAGGUCGCCCCGAGCGACUCGAUGCAAUCCAAGUCGUCCGCGGCCUUCCUCGGCAGCGGGCGCCCAGGUGCCGCCGCCCUGCGGCAGAGCUCCAAGGCGCCCGGGCCCGGCGACUACGACGUGGACGCCCGGGCCGGCCGCGCGCACUACCCGUCCUGCCGCAGCGCGUUCAGCUCGGAGACGAGGCGCAUCUCUGGCGGCAGCGCGGGCGCGGCUAGCGUGCCAGGCCCGGGCGAGUACCGGGUGGACGUGCCGCAGAGCCUGGCCAUGCAGGCCGCCGCCAUGCAGGAGAGCGCCAUCUUCAGCAAGCCCUCCCAGCGGCGGAUCGCCCGCGUGCACCGUGACCUGCCCGCCGUGGGCGACAGG